CCCAGGCUGGGCUCACACAGAGCUGGAGGCCCUACCCAGAAGUGCCUGCCACAAGGGGCAGGGUGGGCACGCAUGCCUGAGUGCCCUGGGCUGUGACCAAUCAAUGACCAUUUUCUGCUCUUUUGUACCAAGUUGGAAAACUAGGUAGGACAAAUGGUUAACAUGAGUUUAAGUAGCCUAUUGGAGACUUAUACUUACUUGUAGGAGGCAUGUUGGAAUUUGGGGGCCUCCAGCACAAGGACUGGGGUUACCAGUAAUGGUACAGAAUGGCUGGUGGAGAAAGUACUGGCUUUGGAAUCAGAAGGCUCUGUGCUCUGGUGCCGGCUCACCUCUGCCUGGGACGACUGCCUUAUACAGCCUUGCAGGGCCCGGUGGCUGUCCUGCCCCUGCUGUCCCACAGCCUCACGUUCUAGCCCUCUUCAGGUAGGGCAGGUGCAUGCAAUAUAAUGUUCCCUGUAGAAGAUGCACCUGUGGAUCAGUGGUAUUAGUUUAGGAACUCAGUAGGAAUGUAGCUGUAAUCCAGGCCCUUUCCAGCUUUUGAGAGUAAGGCCCUAGUUCCUGGCAUGUCACAGAGACCACGGUGCUGUUGUCUCUUGCUGGCUUGUCAUGUGGGCCCAGAGAAAUAUUCUCCUUUGCAGCCAGCAAUAUGAUUUAUUUGAAAGAAAGUCUAUAAUGAGCAUGUGCUUCAAAUGAAAGAAUCAGGAUGGUACUGCCUGAGCUCGUUUAUGCUAAUGCUCUGCAGGGAAGUAGCUUGGAAAUUGCUUUUAUUAAGGGAAUAGGACACACAGAGUGGGGAAAUGGAGCCUGCGGGCAGCCAGAGGCCUCCCAUCUCUUCGCCUUCUAUUUGCAAGCAUCUGAGAUGCCAUCCGCAGUUGGCAGGGGCCUUGGCAUAAUGUUGGUGUUGCUGGUGCUGGCCCCGUGGGCUGUCUGGGCUGGAGAAGUGCUUUCUUCGCACCCUCGUGGUCUGCCUGAACUUGCUCUCCCUGGUCCCUUUGCUCUAUCUGGGUGUGAGUCAGGAAAUAAGAGCAGGCCCCUAGUGUCCCCACAGUGACAGGGUAGGACAGCUUCAGUUAAUAAGCUUGGCGGCUGGCAGAAUAGCUGAGCCUCACUGGCCCUAACAAAUGCAAUGCUGUCAACUGGGAAGAGGGUUUCAUAGGGCUCUGGGUGGACCUGACCUUGCCACCUUUACAGAUAACCUUGUUGGCAACAUAUAGAGCAUUCUUCUAAGUGGGUGAAUGACCCAGGGGUGGAAAGAGGAACCUUAGGAGGUGGUGAUGUUGCCAUUUGCAGCAUAUCUUGGCCCCUGAAGUUUUGGCAAAAGUCCUGAGCUCCCCAUGCACACCUGUCAACCCUCCCUGCACUACACAAAAGUGUAUUCCUUUCCUAUUAUCUCUGUAACAAAUUACCAUAAACUCAGUAGCUUAAAACAACACACAUCUAUUCUUCUACAGUUCUGGAAGUCCGAAGUCUAAAAACAAGGUGUCUGCAGGGCUGUGUUCAUUCUAGAGGCUUUAGGGGUGAAUCUAUUUCCUGUCUUUUUAGAGUCUAGGAGUGGGCUGUAUUCUCCUCUCUAACUUCUUGCUCUAUUCGCACCUCCUCCUCCUGAUUCUGAGCCACCUGCCUCCCUCUUACAAGGCCCCCGUGAUUGCACUCAGCCCCCUGCAUAUUUUAGCAUAAUCUCUCCAUCCCAAGACCCUUCACUUAAUCAUGUCGGCAGACUCUCUUUCACCAUGUAAGGUGCAGGAUUCCGGGACCAGGAUAGCACAGGAGGACUGCCGCGGGUGGGGUAAGAUGAGGAGACCACAAGCAAACCCUGCCCCAUCUGGCCCAGCAAUGCCUCCAUCAGCGUGAUGGCUCCAGUACCGCGUUGGAGGGCAACUCUGGCUCUGCUUGUGUAUUUAGGUCUUUACUAACCACUUCCCAUAUUCUCUCUCCUGCACCCGAGGGUGCUCAUCUUCCCCCACUGCCAAGUGACUUUGCAGCCCCUUCUCUCCCUUCUUUUGCUUAAACACUGGAACGUUGGGCCGUGCCAGUUCCCUGGUUCUAACCUUGGGUUCUCUUAUCCGUGUUCUGCUUCUCCUCCUUGUGGCUCUCCUCAGUGGAACAUUUCCUCCAGAACUCCAUCAUGGCUCUACAGGUUUUAGGAAGUUGAACACAUUAGUGUUAUAACAGAAGGGCGGAAGUAGACCAUCUCUUGAAGCCGAAGGUAGAAUUUCAGGGCAGCAGGUGUGAACAGGAAUGAGGUCACAAUGCUUCCUUCCAUCCUGUGGGCAGAGCAUUGGACACAAUGAGCAGGUGCAGAAAGGAAGUUCAAUGUUCCUCACAUUGGGACAACCUGGGGAACCAGAGAGAUUUGUCCCACAGAAGUGGGGAUGCCUCAAGGAGAGACCUGCCCGGAAGGAUUUGAAAAUGAAUGAGGAACCCUGGGGGGUGCUGACAAGGCUUCCACUUAGGAAGUGCUGUCUCUGGGACAGUGGAGGCAGUCACUGCUUAGGGCACCAGGAGACCACUUCCAGAAGGGCAGGCUGUGCACCUGAGACAACAGCUGAACCGACCAGAGGAGAAAGGUCAGGAUCCUGGGAGCCCGAGCUCAGGUUGGAGCUGAAGGUGGUGGUAGCCAGGACAGACCACAGAAAAGUUUCCUGCAGGGAAGUGGCAGUGGCCUCAGGAAACCGGGCAGAGAAGAGCCAGGGGCCACCUGAGUUCUCAAACCUCUCCAGGCUCCUCUCUCAAGUGAUGUCGCAGCCCGCACCUGUUCCUCUCACCAGGGCAGGAGGAAGGCCCUGGCCACCCAGUGAGCAGACACUGUCACUAUUUAGAGAAAGAGUGGCAUGGGAGGGAAAACUGCAGAAGGAACUGAAAACUCAGUGCCAUGGACAACUCUUUUAUUGUGAACAUGGCACCUUCUGAUCCAGAGCCUAUCAACUUCCAGAGCUCCUCUCUCUCUCUGUCUCUCUGUACAUGGCUGACUGGUCAGAUUUUUACUAGGCAUUUUUGAAUUGAAAUAUAUUAAUUAAAAAUCUCAACCUCAAAAUUUAUUGCCUGUUUUGUUUCCCUGUAUGACAUUGGGCAAAUGCCUACCUCUUUCUAGACCUCAGUUUGCUCAUCUGUAACUUAAAAGAGGAUGAACCAUGAGGGCAGAGGCAGGAAGGGAUGUCUCGGGUGAAAAAGACUAUAUGAUGUAGUGGAGAAACCUGUGCUUGAGAACCAGCAGACUUAAGUUAGAAACCUGACUGACACUCUGUUAGUCAUGUGCUCUUGAGAAAGUUGCUUUUCCUCUACCAAGUCUGGGCUUCUCAUUGGUAAAAUGGAGAUAACAAUUGGUGUGGGGAUUGUUAUGGGUUGAAUUACAUCCCUCAAAAAGAUACAUUGAAGUCUUGAUCCCUAGUACCUGUGAAUGUGACCUUAUUUGGGAAUGGGGUUGGUGCAGAUGUAAUUAAGAAGAGGUCACACUGGAGUAGGGUAGUCUCUAAUCCAAUAUGACUGGUGUCCUUAUAACAAGGGGAGAAGACACAUGGGGAGAAGAUGGUCAUAUGACAGUGGAGGCAGAGAUUGGAGUGAUGUGUCCCCAAGGCAAGGAAUGCCUGGGGCUACCAGAAGCUGGAAGAAGUAAGGAAGGAUUCUUUCCUGGAGGCUUCAGAGUGAGCACAGCUUUGCCAAGCUUGAUUUCAGAACUCCAGCCUCCAGAACUGUGAGAAAAUAAACUUUUUUUGU